GCUUUUGGGAAGGAAUUCGACCAUCACUUUGGAAGAGGCGGCUCAGAACUGUUGGAUAUGAAGGCUAGUGACUUCGAUGCAAUUGCGAAUUCUCUCCUCUCAGAAAUGAGAAAAAAUCAUAAAGAACCUGGAAACCUGAAAGAAUGUUCACCAUGGAUGAGUGAAUUCAAAGCUGAGUUCUUGAGAAACGAACUAGAGGUUCCUGGUCAGUACGAUGGAAAAGGGAAACCACUGCCAGAGUACCAUGCAAAAAUCUCUGGAUUUGAUGAACGGAUAAGUGUAAUGCAAUCCUUGAGGAGGCCAAAACGCAUAACAAUCCGAGGCAGCGAUGAGCAGGACUAUCCUUUUCUUGUCAAAGGUGGUGAAGACCUGCGACAAGACCAACGUAUUGAGCAGCUGUUUGAUGUAAUGAACAUUAUCCUUUCCCAAGAUGCUACAUGUAGCCAAAAAAAUAUGCAGUUAAAAACUUAUCAGGUCAUCCCCAUGACAACAAGACUGGGCCUCAUCAAGUGGCUGGAAAAUACCUGUACCUUAAAAGAAUUCCUUAAAAAUAGCAUGUCUGAAGAGGAAGAUAAGAACUAUAACAGCCAAAAUGGACCUCGUGCUACCUAUUCUGAGUGGCUGUUCAAGAUGAGUGGGGAAAGAGAAGGCAUCUCCCGAUACCGUGUUAUGUACAGAAAUGCCAGCCGUACAGAAGCAGUCAUGUCCUUCAGAAGAAGGGAGAGCAGUGUUCCAGCAGACCUGCUGCGGAGAGCCUUUGUGAGAAUGAGCACGUCUCCCGAAGCCUUCCUGGCACUGCGGUCCCAUUUUGCCAGAUCGCACGCUCUAAUGUGCAUCAGCCACUGGAUACUCGGUAUUGGAGACAGACAUCUGUCCAACUUCAUGAUUAACAAGGAGACAGGUGGCAUGGUGGGAAUAGACUUCGGAUACGCGUUUGGCACAGCCACACAGUUUUUGAGGGUGCCAGAACUGAUGCCUUUUCGCCUGACUCGCCAGUUCGUUAAUCUGAUGAUGCCAGUCAGAGAGUGGGGACUCAUUUACAGUGUGAUGGUGCAUGCCCUAAGGGCAUAUCGUUCAGAUCCAGAUCUCCUCAUCAGCACAAUGGAUGUAUUUGUAAAAGAGCCUUCUUUGGACUGGAAGCAUUUUGAACAAAGACAGCUGAAAGACGGAGGCACAUGGAUUAAGGAUAUAAACACAUCCGAAGUAAACUGGUACCCUUUGCAAAAAGUCAGCUAUGUCAGAAGAAAGCUUACGGGUGCCAAUCCAGCAGUAAUCACUUGCGAUGAACUACGCCUGGGCCACGAGAAGUCGUCUUCGUAUAAGGAUUUUGCAGCUGUGGCUCGUGGUAAUGCUAAUCAUGAUAUCAGGGCCAAAGAGCCAGAGGAUGGACUUUCAGAGGAGACCCAAGUGAGAUGCCUCAUCGAUCAAGCAACAGACCCCAAUAUUCUUGGCAGAGUCUGGGAAGGAUGGGAGCCCUGGAUGUGA